CCCGCCCGGUCAGUGCUGGACCGGCAGGACCAUGACAGCCAUGACACCUCAUCCUGUCUCAAGUCCCGAAUCUUUGACUCCCAAGUCGUAAAUCCGGUCUCAGGUCUUUUAUUCGUGGACAGUAUGACGCAGGGAGUAGGAGUACACCCGUCAUAUCCCCGGCGGCUGACCUGUCGUCGUCCUGUCCCUGGCCAAAACACUGAAGCCACAUUGCUUACUAAUGAAAGUUGAACGUUUGGUGACGGUUGAAGCGGCCGUAGGUGCAGAAUGGCAGCCACGCUUCUAUCAGACUGUCACAGGGCAGAGGUGACGGACCAACACAAGCGAAAGACAUUAUCGUUCUUCGUUUUUUCGUCAAAACGGUCACUGGUGUGGACUUCACACUUGUCUUUGUGUACCUGGCAAAGCUACAAAUGCUGAAUUCUAAGUAAUUGGAAGAAUUUGGCACUGGACGCAGUCCUGUACUCCUACUUCUGACAGUGCACAUGUAGGAAGUGUGAGCGUAGUGGUCCCGUGUGGUCAGCCAUCGAUACACAAGGAGCCGGACGCUGGAUGAUCAUUAGCUAGUGACAGCAAUAAAACCACAUGCCCGCCGCUACCACGGGCGAAAGGUUCAACCAUAAAGUAGUGCAUUGAUUUUUUUUUUUUUUGACAAGCAGCAGAAGCUUCACGCCCAGGUGGUAAAACCAGGACAGCAACCGCCUUAUUGGUCCUCUCAUGUCAUCUCCGGAGAGACCCUUGUGUGCGCAAGCAAUAAAAAGCACAUCCAGAUAAGGGAUCCGCAUCAGUGCGCGCAGAGCAAAGACCAGGAACAACCUGACCGGGAACAACUUAGACAAGGUACAACCGGGACAGGAGCAACUUGGACAACCGCAGACGUUCCGGAAGAGGAAUCAGACGGUUGAACCGAGCGAGGAUCGUUUCGGGAACUGAGGAACCCAAAGUCAACGCCAUGUCGUCUUUUGGACUGGAGCUGGCGGGCGUGUCGGUGGCGCUGAUGGGUUGGAUCCUGAGCGUGGUGAGCUGCGCUCUCCCCAUGUGGCGGGUGUCAGCCUUCAUCGGCGCCAACAUUGUGACGGCGCAGGUGUACUGGGAAGGUCUGUGGAUGAGCUGCGUGUUCCAGAGCACAGGGCAGAUGCAGUGCAAGGUCUACGACUCCAUGCUGGCGCUGCCCCAGGACCUUCAAGCCGCCCGCGCCCUCACCGUGGUGUCCAUCAUCGUGGGGGUUCUGGCUUUGCUCAUCUCCUUGGUGGGCGCCAAAUGCACCAACUGCAUCGAAGACGAGGGCACCAAAGCCCGGGUGACCAUCUCGGCCGGCGCCGCCUUCAUCACGGCGGCGCUCACCCAGUUGGUGCCCGUGUCCUGGUCGGCCAACACCAUCGUGGUGGAGUUCUACAGCCCCAUAGUCCUGCCGUCCCGCGGCGCGGCCAUGUCGAUGGGCACUGAGCUGGUGGGCAUCUGCCUGGGCACGCUGGGCUUCCUGAUGGCCAUCGUGACGUGCGCCCUGCCCAUGUGGAAGGUGUCGGCCUUCGUGGGCGCCAACAUCAUCACGGCGCAGACCAUCUGGGAGGGCUUGUGGAUGAACUGCGUGACGCAGAGCACGGGGCAGAUGCAGUGCAAGGUGUACGACUCCAUGCUGGCGCUGCCCCAGGAUCUGCAAGCGGCGCGCGCCAUGACGAUCGUCGCCAUCAUCCUGGGCGUCCUAGGGGUCCUGGUGUCCGCGACGGGCGCCAAGUGCACCAACUGCAUCGACGACGAGGGCGCCAAGGCCAAGGUCACCAUCGGGGCGGGCGUCCUGUUCGCCCUGGCCGGCCUCCUGGUCCUCAUCCCGGUGUGCUGGACCGCUCACGUGGUGGUGCGCGACUUCUACAACCCCAUCCUCACCGCCGCGCAGCGACGGGAGCUGGGCGCCUCGCUUUACGUGGGCUGGGGGGGCGCCGCCCUGCUGCUGAUCGCCGGCGCCAUCUUGUGCAGCAGUUGCCCGCCCAAGGAGCGCCGCUACAAGCCCCCCAGGAUGGCCUACUCGGCGCCGCGCAGCAACAACGCCGGGUACGACCGCAAGGACUACGUGUGACCUUUGUGCGUUUUUGUGCCCGUUUUACAGAAACUCUUUCAGGCAACCUGUUCUAGUUUUACUUUUUGCGUUUCCCUCAGCAAAGAUUGAGAGACCGCAAGUGUGGCUUCCUCGCAAAGACUCCCACAUGAAGUAUGUAAGCAAGUGUGUUUGUCGGUGUUAGGUUUCAAUGAAACUGCGUAUUAAAACGAGUGUUCUGAGGAGACCUCUCGUUUUACAUAUCCUUGUUCCUUGUCCGUGUAAUAUUUGCUUAGCGGCUGAAACCGAAUACUUUGGCCGCGGGCCACUCGCAGUUUCACUCUAGGUGGAGAUGGUCCGGACUUUUGUCUGACUUUAUUUUAGCUUCCGCAUCGUGAUUAUCAUUCAUAAAAUGAAUUGUGUGUAACUUAGCGGAUGUGAAUCGAUUUAGCUGUGACUUUUAUACUGUUAAUGCGACUAGAAAUGAACUAAGUUUGUGUGCGUGCUUGUAUUUCUGUCCUUGCGUGGAAUGAAGACUAUUUCACUUUCAUUGUACGUUCAUUAUUCGAUUAAAUAUGACCUUACACGUUUAAUCGACGGAUAAAGUGUUGUGCGUUUUGCUAAUCAGACAAGGAUGCGUUGUGGAGCGCGGCGGCUGUCCUUGAGCUUUGUACGCAGGCCGUGGAGACGGACGACACCAGAUUAAGGAGCGGAAAGUUACCAUCCCGGUCCAGGACCGGACUGCGAGGGGGGGGGGCAGUAAAACCCGAUGUUCUUCUUGGGUCAUCUUGUCAGAAGACGCAGCAAAUGCCUAGAUAAGACCCGGACGUCUGUAUUGCACAUUCCUUUGUCAUAAAUCCAUUUGCUGUUAACUUUUUUCGAAUCAUCGGUCAUCUCUUCCUCGAUCAUCCAACUCGCAAAUCCCUACAGGACCAACCCUCAGCAAAACACCUUUGCUGUGAGGACAUUUUCUGCUGGUCCUCACAAAGAUAAUGCUAAAAAUGAGCUCAAUUAGUACGAAUAAAUGUUCUGUAAAAGUUUCAGAGAAUGUCCUCAGAGAGCGAGAAACCUCAGAACGCAUGAAUACACACGUGUCCCCUGUGGCACCUUUGGGUACUGCAGGCGAAAUUCAAUCCAAUUUUCUGAUUGGUCAAGGCCAGGGAAUUUUCUGAUUGGCUGUUUCUGUGUGUGUGUAUGAGAGAGUUAGAAAAUGCUUUUACUCAUCAAAUACAUAAACAUUUUUCUCAAUUUCAAUAAGUUUGAGGUGAAAUGUGUUUCUCUGUGUUGUACACUUCAAUAAAGUAGGUCAAUAAAAUAUUUGUUGUUGUUGUUUGUUGCCCAAAUAAAGUGUGAACAUGGUGAGUCAUGUGACCUCCUAAAAGACAAACAACAGGUUCAGAACGACAACAGUUGCCAUCUUGAAGGAAAAACUGUCAUGGGUGUGUGCCUCUUUAGUUUGACCACGUCUUGUCCACGUUUCUCAGUUUGCUUCAUAGUCGUCGGACCUUCUGCACGGUUUUGGAUCUUGCCUGUUGUCCACCGUUUUUGCGCUUCCACCUGUUUUGGACUGCCUUUUCGUGCUCGACCUCCUCCUUCUGGAAU